UACUGCAGUGUGUAUAUAUGAGCGAGGCGAGGGUUGUUUUGGGAAUCUCGGAAGAGUUGCGGCAAGGUCGAUAGAGCAUCCUACUCUUAAAAAAACAUCACAUCGCGGAUAUUAUUCGCUUUCGUACAAGUGUGCGGAAAGCUAGAGGACCGAGAGGCUACUCGGAGAUUUCAUCUCUUGAUGAGUAGCGUUGGCUAGGGCUGAAAGUUGAUGCCUUUUUUAAUCUCUGAGAGUGUAUACUGAGACAGCUAGCAAGCCAUCCUUCUCCAUUUGUAGCUCUGCAUGUUUUGUGGUUGUGCUACCUUUUUUGAGAGUGGCAGAAGUGGCAUUCGGCUUUUUCUGAAUUCGAAAGCACCGCGUUUCUCUGGGACCAACUAUCCAGACGGUCUUCCACCACUUGGGCGGUACCAGGAGUGUGAGCUGACUACUUAUAUGUCGGAAAGAACCGGGGUUUAGAAGCAGUGUAGUUUUGCUAUUGCACACGAGUUGUGCCGGACAUUUAGCUAGGAUUUUUUCCCCUUAAAAGGUCCUUCAUUUACCGGUAAUAUUUGCAAUGUCGGCGCCAUCCUCCUUGCCUCCCACCCAGGGAGAGAACCCCGCGCCAGAAAAUGAGGGUCUGGCCGUGGAUACGGGUUUGAAGCCCGCCGGCCCGACACCCAGCUCGAGUCGGUUCCAGGUGGACCUGGUGGCCGAAGCAGCCGGUGCCGCUGAUAAAACGCUCGCAUCUGGCGAUAAAGACGCUCCCCCACCCGAAGGUUCGGAGCCAGCGGCGGGUGGCGAGGAGGCAAAGGGUCGGUUCCGUGUGGUGAACUUUGUAGAUCCGAGUGGAGCAAGCCCACCAGAAGCAGUGCCCGCUGAAGGUUUCCAGAAUGGAGACACCGUGAUGAGUGAGGGCAGCCUACAUUCUUCGACAGGAGGCCAACAUCACUACCAUUACGACACCCAUACAAACACCUAUUACCUAAGGACUUUUGGUCACAACACCAUCGAUGCCGUGCCGAACAUCGACUUCUACCGGCAAACUGCUGCGCCUCUGGGGGACAAGCUGAUAAGACCCACCCUUUCGGAGCUGCAUGACGAGCUAGACAAAGAGCCGUUUGAGGAUGGCUUCGCCAACGGGGAUGAGCUCACCCCGGCCGAGGAGGCCGCAGCCAAGGAGGCGUCCGAGCCCAAGGGAGCAGUCAAGUUCGGAUGGGUCAAAGGGGUUCUGGUGCGCUGCAUGUUGAACAUUUGGGGCGUGAUGCUCUUCAUCCGCAUGUCAUGGAUCGUGGGACAGGCGGGAAUUGUUCUCUCCUGUGUGAUCGUUCUCAUGGCAACAGUUGUGACCACCAUCACCGGCCUUUCGACCUCAGCGAUUGCGACCAACGGCUUUGUACGAGGAGGAGGGGCGUACUAUUUGAUAUCAAGAAGUUUGGGCCCAGAGUUUGGCGGCUCCAUCGGUUUGAUCUUCGCCUUUGCUAACGCUGUGGCUGUCGCCAUGUACGUGGUGGGCUUUGCCGAAACCGUUGUGGAGCUCCUUGCGAGCGUGGAUUGCAUCAUGACUGAUGAAAUCAAUGACAUCCGAAUUGUCGGAACCAUCACAGUCAUCCUUCUCCUGGGUAUCUCCGUGGCAGGAAUGGAAUGGGAGGCCAAGGCUCAGAUUUUCCUGCUGGUUGUUCUGAUCACGGCCAUCUUUAACUACUUUAUUGGCUCCUUCAUCCCCCUCCAGUCCAAGGAGUCGCAGGGCUUCUUCGGCUACGACAGUGGGAUUAUGAUGGAGAACAUGGGUCCGGACUUCCGGGGCACAGAAUCGUUUUUCUCAGUCUUUGCCAUAUUCUUCCCUGCAGCCACUGGCAUUCUGGCCGGUGCCAACAUCUCAGGAGACCUUUCUGACCCACAACUGGCCAUCCCAAGGGGAACACUCUUGGCCAUUCUUAUCACCGGUAUUGUCUACCUGGGUGUUGCAAUUUCUACUGGCUCAUGCAUCGUGAGAGACGCAACAGGAAACGACAAUGACACUCGCAGCGCCCAGAUCAUGUCUAACUGCACCGACGCCGCCUGCAAGUUCGGCUAUGACUUCUCCUCCUGCAAGAGUGACGACGGCCUGUACAACUGCAGAUAUGGACUCCAGAAUGACUUCCAGGUCAUGAGCAUCGUGUCUGGUUUCGGACCCAUCAUAACCGCCGGGAUCUUCUCCGCCACUCUGUCCUCUGCCCUGGCGUCUCUGGUCAGCGCCCCCAAAGUAUUCCAGGCUUUAUGCAAAGACAACAUCUACCCUGGCCUGGAGAUGUUUGCCAAGGGCUAUGGCAAGAACAAUGAGCCCCUCCGCGGCUACAUUCUCACGUUUUGCAUCGCUCUAGCCUUCAUCCUUAUUGCUCAGUUGAACAUUAUCGCUCCCAUCAUCUCCAACUUCUUCCUGGCCUCCUAUGCUCUCAUCAACUUCUCUGUGUUCCACGCCUCUCUGGCCAACUCUCCAGGAUGGCGCCCCAGCUUCAAGUACUACAACAUGUGGGUGUCCCUGGCCGGAGCCGUGCUGUGCUGCGUGGUCAUGUUCGUCAUCAACUGGUGGGCAGCCUUGAUGACCAACGUCAUUGUCAUGGGCCUCUACAUCUACGUGAGCUACAAGAAGCCAGAUGUGAACUGGGGCUCUUCCACUCAGGCUCUGACGUACCACCAGGCCCUGACCCACAGUCUGCAUCUCAGCAGUGUUGAGGACCACAUCAAGAACUUCAGACCUCAGUGCUUAGUGAUGACGGGCUACCCCAACUCGCGUCCAGCUCUGCUCCACCUGGUCCACGCUUUCACCAAGAAUGUGGGCCUGAUGAUCUGCGGCCAUGUUCGCACGGGCUCCAGAAGGCCCAACUUCAAAGAGCUGUCCAAUGACCAGACACGUUACCAGCGCUGGCUGAUGAAGAACGAGACCAAGGCAUUCUACACAUCCGUGUUCGCUGAGGACAUUCGGGAGGGCACCCAGUAUCUGCUACAGGCGGCUGGGCUAGGUCGUCUGAGGCCCAACACUCUGGUGAUUGGCUUCAAGAACGACUGGAAGGACGGAGACAUGAUGAACGUUGAGACCUACAUCCAGAUGAUCCAUGAUGCGUUUGACUAUCAGUACGGUGCCGUGGUCCUCAGACUGAAGGAGGGUCUGGACGUGUCCCACAUCUCAGAACAAGAUGACCUGCUGUCGUCGCAGGAGAAGACGUCGGGGAUGAAGGAUGUGGUGGUGUCCAUCGACAUGAAGGACUCUGACGGAGACUCAUCCAAGCCCUCGUCCAAAGCCACCAGCGUCCAGAACAGCCCAGCCAUCCAGAAAGGUGACGAUGAUGAGCGCAAAGCCGCAAGGAAGCCGCUGUUGAGAAAAGUCAUGUGCUUUCGAACCGUGGAACCUGAGAAAAGCCCCCAGACGUUGAACGUGGCCGACCAGAGGCUCCUGGACGCCAGUCAGCUGUUUAAGAGGAAACAAGGCAAAGGCACCGUGGACGUGUGGUGGCUCUUUGACGACGGUGGCCUCACCCUGCUCAUCCCCUAUCUGCUCACCAACAAGAAGAAGUGGAAUGACUGCAAGAUCCGCGUCUUCAUCGGAGGCAAGAUCAACAGGAUUGACCACGACCGCAGAGCGAUGGCCACACUUCUCAGCAAGUUCAGGAUCGACUUCUCCGACAUCAAUGUACUGGGAGACAUCAACACCAAGCCCAAAAAAGAGAAUGUGACUGCCUUUGAGGAGAUGAUUGAGCCGUACCGGCUGAAGGAGGACGACAUGGAGCAGGAUACAGCAGAGGCACUGAAGGCCAGCGAGCCCUGGAGGAUCACAGACAACGAGCUGGAGCUCUACAGGGCCAAGACUAAUCGUCAGAUCAGACUGAACGAACUGCUGAAGGAGCACUCGAGCACAGCCAACCUCAUUGUCAUGAGCAUGCCCCUGGCCAGAAAGGGAGCCGUAUCCAGUGCUCUCUACAUGUCCUGGUUGGAGACUCUGUCCAAGGACCUGCCUCCCCUCCUCCUGGUACGAGGCAACCACCAGAGCGUCCUCACCUUCUACUCUUAAAAAUCACACACACGCCGCCUCUGGGACCGCCCACACCUCCUAUCCCAGUGCCCUAAGAGACACACACACACUCCAAUGAAGGUAGAAACCGUAGCCAUUGAUAAUAAUGAUGAUAAUAAAGGAUAUGGUGUUGCUCUGGAGGUCCAGCCUCUUAUGUGAAAGGGGGGGGGGGGGGGGUC